GUUGCACUGUUUCUCCUGUUCUUUAAAAUUCUGGAAAUCUCUAGGCAAUGAUGAACUACCCAGAAGGGACUAAUAGCAACAUACUUUGUGGUUUAAAAACAGACUUGGAUUUACUGCUUGAAUGUCUGAAGUAUCAGAUGGACAGUCCCGAGACUCAGAAGCAAGCCCUGGUCACUAUCUCUUCCAUAUGUCAACAGAAUUGUGAAGCAAGCGAGUACUUUCGUGUGAUUGGAGGCUUAGAAUAUAUUCAUGGACUUAUAAAAUUGACUGAUGCUUCUCUCGUUUGUGAGGCUGCUCUGUUCACUUUGGGAGCUCUAGCUGAAAGCAGUGUAUACUGCCAGCAGAGUUUGUGCACUGUUGAAUUGCUGUCUGAUCUUGCCUCGUCACUUACGAAGAAGGAUGCUUCAUUGAUUCUGAAGAGGAUGGAUGUCUAUAUGAUCCUGGUGUUGGUCUCGCACAACAAACUUGGACAAGCAUUGGCAAGAACAACAGGAUGCAUUGAUGUUCUUCUAAAUUUGUUCAGAACUAGUUUUCCAAUGUCGGACAAGCAAUCUAUACAUGAAAAUAUUGGUCAUUACUACGAGUUGUGGUCGUCCAUUGGGAGUACUCUCUGUGCUUGUGUCAACAAUCCACAGAAUGAAGAGAACCAGAGACUAUGUACAGCAGCCUUUCCAUUUGCAAAGGAGUGUCUGCAAAAAUGCAUCAGGCAAGAAAUAAUUCGUCCCAUUUGUGCAUUUAUUGGGCUCACAGUUGCCAACAAUUCUUCCUUGGCUUUACGCUUGUCACAAUACUCAAUCGUUCCCAAGCUUGUGGCGCUGUUAAUACAGGAUGAUCUUGAUCCGGGAAGUAAAUUGGGGAUUAUUCUUGCUAUUGGGCACUGCACUGAUGGAUGUGAAGUGCAUCAGUAUCAGCUGCUGAAGAGCAAUGGGCUUCCACUUAUGAUCCAAAUGGUAGCUGAAUCCCAGGAUGAGGAGCAGAGGAAAGCAGCCACUUUUGUUCUACAGAGUUGCCAGCUCAUAACUGAAAAACUAGCGAACAAUCUGGUGGAGAAUUGUCAGUUCAAAGAAGACACCGUAACUUCAAACCCAAAGGAUAUCAGCAUAAGAAAUUACUGGAAAUUUGCAGACGAAUUUUUGCAUCGGAUAGAGACAUUAGAAAAACAGCAAGAGCUCACCAACAACACUAGAGACGUGGAUGUACAUUGUACAACUACACCACCAAGUUCGCAAGCAUACCCAAAAUUUCAGUUAUGUGAUUCAUUGCUUAGAGGAAUGAACCAGAUGGCGAAAGAUGAAGAAGGUGCAUCAAUGAAACAUUGCAGAGAACAGCAAUCCGUGGAUAAACCACGCAUGGAUAGUACGAAAAUAAAAAGUUGUGGAAAAAAGCAGGUUUUUACCCCAGCAAAAACAAAACUAAAUUUCAGCCAAAGAGUAACUGGAUACAGGGAGGAAGAUUCUAUUAUUCCAACAUUCAGUUUACCCUGUUCUGGAGCUGAAGAAAAUAAAAUUCAAUACCGGGAUCUGCAGUUAAUGGAAAAAGUCAGGCGACAAAUAUUUGUGGAAGAUGAUGUUCCACAGGAAGAAAUUAGAGUACAUAUCAACGCAUCUCAGUUUGGUAACAUUAAAGCUGAUCAAAUAAAUGUUAACAUCAAAGCUAGGAAUCUGGAUAGUCAAAUGCACGAUAUGAGCAAUGACACAGCUCACGAUAAAGGGUCUCAAGACAUCUCUAAUGCUUACAAUAGAAUUGGGUUUCCGGAAAAUAAUCAGCAGCAUGGCCCAAAUUCUUUGCCUGUAACACGUAGAAAGGCUACUAAUCAAACAAUGAGUGUACCAGGGCCUGAAGUGCCAAGAACAGAAACAUCAAAGGAAAAGCAAGAAUCCAAGGACAAGCAAGAUUUUGAACAGAGACCUGUCACUGAUUGUGAUGACCAGGAGCUAUUCAAAAUACCUGCAUUGUGUAGAAGAAAACAGAAAAACAUGGAUCCAUUGUUUCUGUGUUCAGACCUAAUUGAUAAAGAAAUCAGUAACCUUACUUAUUCUGUACCUUCACUUAAUGUUGGCCAAGAUUUCCGAUGUUCAGGUUGUUCAACUGUAACAGCAUCCUUGAACAGUAGGAAUUUCAGCAAGAUUCUUCAGGCUUGCCCUAACAAAUGUGAUCGACAUAAAGUGAUACAAGAGUGUGAGGAUAGAUAUAAAAAGGAGCUUAAGAAGUUACAAGCCAGUAACAUUAACAAAACUGAUAAAAAUUUUUUUUUUACUCCAAUCAGAAGAACUACAUCUUGUAUCACAGAUUGCUGUAUUAAGCAAACAGAUUCUAUGAACUCAACACCUACAAAAGAUUUCCACUUAAAAAAUCAGAAAUACCAGCCACAAGACAGAAGAAACUUAUUUACUCCAUUGGUCGACAAUAAAAGAAGAUUUCAGGAUCAUAUUUACUCCUUCGAUGAUGGCAAGCAUUCAGACAUCUGUGAAUACGCAGUGGGAGUAAGACAAUCAAGGAAAAGAAGGCAGCGUAAGGAUUUCACAAAGAAGGAAAUUGGCUACUUGCUAGAAGGAGUAUUGAAAAUGGGCUAUCACUGGAAUUCUAUUCUAUGGUCAUAUCCAUUCCAGAAAGGGCGAACUAAUGUGGAUCUAGCAAACAAAUUCCGGAACUUACAGAAAAGAAAUUUAGAAGAUUAAAGAUCCAGAAGUCUAAGAUUGCUCAAUUGAAUUGUGCUGACCUCAAUCAUCAUUUUGUUGCAGAAACCUUGAUUCCGAAGAAUAUUCUCAGUUGGUGUUACCAUUUAUAACUGCAAGGAAACAGAUUCCACUGAGAUUUAGCUGUUGUAAUUAUCCUCAACAGCUGGAUAAACCUCACUAUUAUAUUGCAUUACAUAUGCACACUCUGAAAUGGAGUAUAGAUUGCAUUAGAGGUGUUAUGGUUGACCCCAGUGUUGCAAGCUAAAGUAUUCCAGCUCCCCUUCCCCAUUACUAAAGAGUGAUUUAUGUCAGAAAAUGCAUUAGCCAUCUGCCAAGAAUCCAGUCAGACUGAGUCAGGACACCAUCAGCAUUUGCCAUCGAGACUCACAAAGGAAGAAUGAAUUCUUGGAUACAGUCGCAAAGGACAUCUUCAAGAAAAGUCAAACCUUUGCAGUUUUGAUUACCACGCCGUUAUGGAAUGGGAUGCAUCAUACUCAUCUGUUUGGAUUCUACUCAGGUUACAUUAGUCACAGAAUGUCUUGAUUAAUACCCCUGAUUUUGCUGCUCUGCAGUGUUAUUUUAUCAUUCUCAGCUGCUUAAAAUAACACUGAUUAAUUCUGCAAGUGCUUUAACCACGGCGCUAGCCAUAACGUUCUGACAAAUGACAGAGAUUAGGUAUGUACCCAAAACACUUCUGCUUUAGAGCAUGAGCGUGGAGUUUACCAAGGCUCCAUCCGAUUUAAUAGAUGCAAAAAAAUAGAAAAUUCUUACACACUGAAGGAUCUCUCCAGCCAAAAUAUACUGCAUGUAGCCUCAGGUCCCACCAGUACAGCUUUAAAAACACAGACAAUUUAAUGAAGCAGCUGAGCUUUUCUGUUUAUGUUUGGGUUCUUGUUGUCACUAAUAAAUUGCAAUGCUGUGAAGCAGCAAUACUAUCUGCACCCUAGAUUUAUUUGAUAUUUACUUACAUUUGAAGUGGCUUCAUGAUAUUUAACGCAUGUCAAAAAAUAG